AUGCAACCGUACACCCCUUCCAUCUCCGAGUCGCGCUAUGAGCAAGGCAGGAGGAGAGACGACAUAUAUACAAUGAUCGCAGCAUCUGGAAAAGAAAAUUCGGAAGCCAACUUUCCCCAAUCCGAAGCGGUGAUCUGCCCCGAGUCUCCCGUUUCCUUGUCGCCGGAAAACCGCGAGCUAUUCAUUCGGAACGCCUCGUCAAGGCGGCACACGCAGCCCUCCAUCGGCAGCGCAAACCCGCAGGAAAGCAGCACCGAACGCCUGGUUCCCUCCGCUGCCCUGGCCGCUGCCUACAUCAUGACAUCGGGGGAGUUCAUGCACACCACUCCCUUGUUCGUGCGGAGAUCCAGAAGGAACAAUCUCUACAAAAUCCUCUGUUUCCUGUUCCUCCUCUUUCAGGGCGGCAUGCUGGAUUUCUACCUGAUCGUGUUCACUGAUCUGUACUGGUGCUCCUGGAUCGGCACCGACCUGGUGGUGAUGACCGGCUGGGGCAUUUUCUUUCUGAAAAACGCGAGGAGCAAGCGGGAGCGAGCCUGUGGCUUUCACCAGAAGAGCUCGAUAUUCGGCUGCAACCUCGGGGAGUUCACCUACGCAUACCUGGCCUGGCUCAUCUAUGUUAUUGCAUGCACUCCGAAAGUGGUGCUUAUUUUGGAGACGUCCAUCCUGGACCUGAUUACGCUCAAAGUCCCGCUGGGCAUCACCGGCUUUAAGAUAAUCAUUACACUGUCGGCACCGCUGCUCUACUGCCUAAUAAAUUCAGUCAUCGAGGACUUCAACGGAGCGACGCGUUACCAUUCCCAAAGCUGCUUCCUCAGCACCUGCAUGGAUAUGCUGGACAGCUUCACAUUGAUCGAGAUGGUCCUAAUGGACGAGAUUCCCACAGUCUACCUUAAGUACACCGUCAUAUCCGUCUAUUUUAUCGCGCUGGGCAUCCCGGUGCUCUGGCUGUACGAGCUGACCGCCUCCCGGAUGCACUGCCGCUGGGUCUGGACACGGUUCCUCUCCGGCGUCCUGAUCAACGCUCCCCUGCUCGUUGUCAGGUGUUUUCUGGUUUAUGUUUACAAAAUGCCGGUCUCGGUGCUGAUGUUUAAGAACAUAUUCUUCUUGGCGUGUAAGUGCCUAGAGUUGGUUGAGCAAUGUCUAACGGUUAAGGGAGCUCGGAGGUAUGCCAGUAACCAGACUCAAGUGUCCCAUUGCGUCUCUGAGAACGACAUGUGUCCACACGGCUAUGUCAACACCCUGGCUGUGACCACCCAAUCUUAAAUAUCCGAGGGGGGCGGGGGUGAUUAGGUAUUGCUUUAAAGGUCAGUUAAGAGGGACCAUUUUAAUUGUCGAUUAAG